ACGCCCUUGAGUGCCGUCGUCCUUUUUCUAUCUACGACCAAAGUCCCUUCCCUUUUGGUCUUUCUUCGCGUGUUACAUAGACCUCAAUACUUGCGCGUCGAUGGCGGGUGCGGCCAUUUCAUCUCCUCUCGGUCUUUCCAUCUCUUCUGGGAUUAGGAGCCCUAAACCCAUUUCAUCUCUUUCGCACAGAAGUUCUUCAAGACUUGUGAUUUCCGCAUUGCCGACUCCAUAUGGGGAUUCUCUAAAAGCUGGGCUCCCAAGUAAAGCUUUUGGAUUCCCUUUGAAGAACAAUCACAAGGAUUCUAUUGGUCUUGAUCAAAGAUGUGAAGAGGGGGAAUCAAAGAAUCCGCCAAUUAUGCCAUUCGUGAUGACACCUGGAGGACCUUUGGACCUUUCCUCUGUGUUGUUUCGUAACCGCAUAAUUUUCAUCGGGCAGCCGGUUAACGCACAAGUUGCUCAACGAGUCAUAUCACAGCUAGUAACCCUGGCUGCAAUAGAUGAGACUUCUGACAUUCUGAUGUACUUGAAUUGCCCCGGUGGUAGCACCUACUCGAUCUUAGCAAUCUAUGACACUAUGUCAUGGAUAAAGCCUAAAGUUGGAACUGUGGCUUUUGGAGUAGUUGCAAGCCAAGGAGCACUUCUUCUAGCCGGCGGUGAAAAGGGAAUGCGCUACGCUAUGCCAAACACUCGUAUCAUGAUUCAUCAACCUCAAACUGGAUGUGGUGGCCAUGUGGAGGACGUGAGGCGUCAAGUGAAUGAAGCCAUGGAAGCUCGGCAUAAAAUAGACAGCAUGUAUGCAGCUUUCACUGGCCAGCCUCUAGAGAAAGUGCAACAGUACACAGAACGAGAUCGUUUCUUAUCCGUGUCAGAGGCGCUGGAAUUCGGGCUUCUUGAUGGCGUUCUGGAAACAGAGUACUGAAACAGAGUGAAUGCUGAUGCACAAAGACAGUUCAUGUUCCUGUCCAAAACUGUUGUCAUGAAAACACAAAUUCCUUGAGAAGUUCAUGUAUCUAUUACAUUUGUGCAUAAACCGGGGAAUCUUUACCGGAGCCGAUUCGGUUCAGUUUUCUUGAUAAAACCAUGUAUUCAAGUAUCUUGGUUUGGUUUAAUGAAUUCAGAUAGUAUUUU